AGCACGGCGGGUGCCUCGGUGUUCGUGGGAGGUGGAGGGGAGUGGAGCUGCGUGUGUUGUUUAGUCGGCGGUGGUCGCCCACCACCCCCCUCCCCCCGGGUGUGAGUGGGCCGCCCCGCGCCGCCGGCUCAGUGUGGCUCCGGACGCCGAGCGGAGCGGACGCGGUGCGGGAGCCGGUGCGGGCGCGUACGGCGGGUCCGAGGUCAGCGGCUGCCGGGGGCCGGUCAGUCAGCCGGGUCACAACUCCACCCGCCGAGGCCCGAGAGGUGCCGCCGCCAUCUCUGGCUGUCGGGCCCGAGUUACCCGCCGAGGCCGAAGUCCCAGUUGAAGCCUCGUGCUGCCGUGAGGAGGCUCGCCGGCCCGGGAGGGGGGAUUGGCGGGCCCGCCGGUCAUGGCGAGCUCCCGGGUGUGCCGCACCUGCGGCUGCACCGACAUCGACAUCGACCAGGCGAGGGGCGACGCGGUGUGCACGGCGUGCGGCUCGGUGCUGGAGGACAACAUCAUCGUGUCCGAGGUGCAGUUCGUGGAGAACAGCGGCGGCGGCUCGUCGGCCGUCGGGCAGUUCGUCUCCUUGGACGGUCCAGGGAAAGCUCCUUCACUGGGAACAGGAUUUCACACCAACCUUGGGAAAGAAUCACGUACACAGUCUUUACAGAAUGGUCGGCGGCAGAUUCACCAUCUGGGUAACCAGCUCCAGUUAAACCAACACUGCCUUGACACGGCUUUUAACUUCUUCAAAAUGGCUGUCAACAAACGUCUCACUCGGGGCCGGAAGAUGAGCCACGUGGUCGCUGCCUGCCUCUAUCUGGUCUGUCGAACGGAGGGGACUCCUCAUAUGUUGUUGGAUCUCAGUGACCUGUUGCAGGUGAAUGUCUACGUGUUGGGAAAGACUUUUCUUCUGCUGGCCAGAGAGCUCUGCAUAAAUGCUCCAGCAAUAGACCCGUGUUUAUACAUCCCACGGUUUGCGCACAUGCUGGAGUUCGGGGAUAAGAAUCACGAGGUUUCCAUGACGGCCCUUCGACUGUUGCAGAGGAUGAAACGCGACUGGAUGCACACUGGCCGGCGGCCUUCGGGUCUGUGCGGAGCAGCUCUCCUCGUUGCUGCCAGAAUGCACGAUUUCAGAAGGACUGUAAAGGAGGUCAUUCGCGUGGUCAAAGUCUGCGAAUCAACACUCAGGAAAAGGCUCAAUGAGUUUGAGGAGACGCCGACUAGUCAGUUAACAAUUGAUGAGUUUAUGAAGAUUGACUUGGAGCAAGAGUGUGACCCGCCUUCAUUCACAGCCGGGAAGAGAAAGGUUAGACUGCAGCAGUUGGAACAAGAACUAUCCAAAAAACUGGCAGAUAUUGAAGGUGAAAUAACAAGUUAUCAAGAUGAGAUUGAGACGGAACUGGAAAUCAUGCGACCAAGGUACCGCGGGGUGUAUGCAACGUACGCUAAAGGAGAUGGACAGGAUGACGGAGCCUCAGUAGCCUCCUUAGGAGAGGAAGAGGGAGAGGAUGAAGAGUUGACAGCAGUCGCAAACCACCUCAACAAGGAUCUCUACGAUAACUUCCUGAAUGGAGACCAACCAAAGGACAAUGACAAAACAGAGGAGGAGAAGGAAUCGGAGCCUCCACCCAAACCCCCCAACAUAUUGUCUCUGUUAGGGCCCCUCCCAACAGCUGCCAGUCUGGGUCUGAAGGAAUCCAUCGAGGAGUGCAUAGCAGCUGAAGGAUCUGAGGCAGGAGCCGAUCCUCAGAAAGGUGAACUUGACCUGAAUGGCAUUGAUGACCAUGAAAUUGAUAGGUACCUACUGAAUGAGCAAGAGGUGGAACAGAAAACAGAGCUGUGGCUGAGAGAGAAUGCAGACUACCUGGAAGAACAGAAAGCUAAGGAAGAACGAAUAGCUAAAGAGAAGGAACUUGGGAUUUAUAAAGAGCAGAAGCCCAGAAAAUCCUCGAAGAAACGCGAGCCAAUCCGAGCCAGUACGGCAGGCGAGGCCAUAGAAAAGAUGCUGGAACAGAAGAAGAUCUCCAGCAAGAUAAACUAUGAUGUGCUGAGGGACCUGAACAGCAAGGGGAGCAGCUCACCAGCUCAGGAGGAGAGUGACAGCAGUAGCUGCAGUGGCAAAAGGGGACCAGCUCAGCGAAGAACGGCUGCUAACUCCCGGAAACUAGCUGCGCCAGUCAGCAACCUGGGCAAGAGGCUUCGACCGUUGAUUUCUUCAGUUCCUCCUAAGAAGUUGGCGUCCAGUGAGGCUCCAGCUCCUGACUUGGGACCUGCUGACGUUCAAGCAACACAGCCAGUGGCCGUGCUGGUCGAGAGUGGGCCCGUGGUAUACAAUGAGGAAGAGAUAGAAGGAGGAGGAGGAGCUGGAGGGAGGAAGGGAGAACUGCCUUAGUGCACUUCAGCUAGUCGGUGGCAAUGAUUAUGGUUUUGAAAUGGAGGACGAUGAGGGAUUCUAAAGCAAGUCAGCACUUUCCCGCUCGAGUCUCAAGAAUCGGGAAUCUGGGUGGGAAUCGGAAGGUGGGAAUGCUUCCUGAGCGUUUGAUGGAGACGGUCUGUGGGCGGUAUUCCUCUCCCUCGCGCGACAAGGACGUGGUAUCACUGGUUGGGACGGAACAUUGACUCCUCACCCAGCACUGAAGGACUGCUUGUUCGGAAAGUGAAACAACCACCUAAGGCUUCUUGAUUUUUUUUUAGUUUAUUUUUGUACGGAAGCUCCUAUUUAUUACCGUUAAUUUGAAUAAUUUAGUUUUCUAUUUCUGUACGGUUAACAUUCUGUGGAGCGGAGGGAUUGAAAUACCUGAGAGCGGGUGGAAUGAGUUUAGACAUGUUGUCCUGUUGAAAAGCCUGGAAACAUUGGAGGUACUGACACACGGAACUUAGCUCUCCACCCCUCCCGUGCCUGAUGUUGUGGGAUGCCUCUCCCUGGAGAGAGCCAGUGGCCUUCAGGAAGAGGAGGUAGAAGGGAGGUUAGAGCUGAGAAAGAUGUGGUUGCCCUGGGCCCAAACCCCAGCCCUGAAGCACGUGGAAAGGAUGGAUUGUGUUCUCUGUUGAGUUGUUGUGCUGGCAGGAGCGGGAAGGUUUGCUGUAACGGAGGCUCUGCCUCUAGACCUCUUCACAAGGAGGAAACCUUUGGGCUUGGUAUAAAUUGCUGACUAUUUAUAGACUCACCAGUUUGAGUUACUUUGAGUCUUUUCUCUUCACUUACAUUGAUAAGAUGUUAUUACUGACUUUUAAAAAAAUGCUUAAGGUUCCCAGAGCCGUUAGCAAUGCACAACAGUUAGCAAGACCAUUAUGGGUUAGAUGUACAAUUUGGUUUGAACAGUACACGAAUAUACCUUCAAGAAAGUAUCCAGCCAGUAAUCACCACAUGUACAUUGGGGGUAAUUUUAACUCUGCAGCAAAGUAUGAU